GAACAUGUGGAUGAGAGUGAUGAGAAUGUGGAGCGAGGCAACUGGUCCUCAAAGAUUGACUACUUGCUCUCAAUGAUUGGCUGUUCUGUGGGUCUGGGCAAUGUUUGGAGAUUCCCUUACCUGGCUUACAGAAAUGGAGGAUGUGCGUUUCUUAUUCCCUAUGCAUUCAUGCUGGCACUCGUUGGGAUACCACUGUUUUUCUUGGAAUCUUCCUUUGGUCAGUUUGCCAGCCUUGGACCUGUUGCAAUGUGGAAAGCUGUGCCAAUAUUACAAGGUGUGGGGAUCAAUAUGGUCCUUGUGACCUCAAUUUCCAACAUUUCCUACAUCUGCAUCCUCGCCUACAGCCUGUACUACUUGUUCGCUUCCCUCCAAUCGCCCCUGCCGUGGGCAGACUGCUUCAGUUGGUGGGGUGCAGAUGAAACAUGCAGCAGGACUCCUAAAGAUCCACUCUGCAAUCUCACUCUGGAUGAUGGGUAUUUUGAAAUCGUUAAUACAACAUGGCUGCAUGUAAACAAUGAAACUUGUCCAAAUGGAUCAGAAAUCAACAUUCCUCACCAGGGUCCAAGUGAGCAAUACUGGGAUAAAGUGGUUUUAUGCCGUACCAGUUCAAUCAAUGAGCCUGGGGAGAUAGUCUGGUAUUUAGCCCUCUGUCUGCUUCUGGCCUGGCUGAUUGUUGGAGCAGCAUUAUCGAAAGGAAUCAAAUCUUCAGGAAAGGUGGUUUAUUUCACUGCGACAUUCCCUUAUGUGGUUCUGAUCAUACUCCUGAUCCGAGGUGCUACCCUGGAGGGAGCCGAUAAAGGAAUUGAUUUCUACAUUGGAAGCCAGUCAGACUUCUCCAAGCUGGCUGAUGCUGAGGUCUGGAAAGAUGCUGCAACACAGAUUUUCUAUUCUCUUGCAGUGGGUUGGGGCAGUUUAUUAACACUGUCAUCCUACAACAAAUUCCACAAUAACUGUUACCAAGAUACCAUCAUUAUCUGUGUUGUUAAUUGUGCUACGAGUGUGUUUGCUGGAUUUGCCAUCUUCUCAACCCUUGGACACAUGGCUCAUGUACAAGGCAAGCCUGUUUCAGAAGUUGCACAGUCAGGUUUUGGUUUGGUUUUCAUUGCCUACCCAGAGGCUCUUGCACAGUUGCCAUGGGCACCAUUCUGGUCCUUUUUAUUUUUCCUCAUGCUGAUCACUCUGGGACUCGACACGCAGUUUGCAUCCUUGGAAUUAAUUGUAACAACACUGCUGGACCAGUUCCCUAAGUUUCUACGACCAAAGCACUUUUAUGUGACAACUGGUGUUUGUUUGUUAUUUUAUUUCCUUGGCCUUAUUUGUGUAACACAGGCUGGGAUUUACUGGUUAAAUUUACUGGAUUAUUUCUGUACUGGGUGGAUCCUCAUUACAAUAGCUCUGCUGGAACUCAUUGGCCUCAGCUGGAUCUAUGGGGUAAACAGAUUCAUCAAGGACAUUGAGAUGAUGAUUGGGGAAAGAAAUUGGCUCUUCUGGCUGUGGUGGAGAGUGUGUUGGAGUUUUAUCUCUCCAUGUUUGGUGACAGCAGUUUUAAUCUGGUCAGUAACAACGUUCGUCCCACCAACAUAUGGAUCUGUUGAGUACCCUGUCUGGGCAACAGCACUUGGUUGGUGUAUGAUAAUCCUCUGUAUUUUGUGGAUCCCCAUUGUCGCCAUUGUGAGAGUUGUCCAAGCUGAGGGUUCCACCUUGUGCCAGAAAAUUUUUGCCGCUUGCACAUCAACUCCUGAUUGGGGUCCAUACUUGGAACAACACAGAGGGGAAAGAUACAGAAAGAGGCCUGAUUCUGCAGAAUCUCCUCAUUGUGAAAAACGUCUGGUUACUCCACCAUAA